AGGGCGGCCCGAAAAGUGAAACCUCCUCCCCCACUCUUUUGCUAGACGAGUACGACCACUAAUUAUUCAGAGUAGAGGUGGUUUUCCUCAUAUACCUGAAGCGCAAAACAAAACUGCAAAGAAAGAGUAGUACGUGCUCAAAUUAUAAAACAAAAACACAGCAAAUCAUAAUCAUUUAUCAUUAUAUCGGUUUCAAGAGAUCAAUCCCAAGGACAAUCGUUAUUUUUUUGCUUCGAUACAAGAACGCUUUUCCUUUUUGGUUCUGAAUCUUUUCCCGUCGAUUUUUUCCCUCCAUUUGCAUUCCGUUUUUUGUGUUCUUUUUCUUUCUUGUGGAACUCUUUACUGCGCCGUAGUUCUGGACCACGAGGAGGUGCACGGGCCAGAACGUCUACGUCGCGUACCUAAGCGCAAUCGAAAAAUGCCCACUCGAAUACAUCACCUCUUGGCCGCCGCUUCGGCGGCCACCUCGGCUUCGUCCAUGUCCGCGCCCGUGGUACCCGCGGGGUUGUCACAGUCAAACGUCUUUGACCUGGAGCCAAAGGCCAUGUUUAAACACAACACUUCGGAGCUACACUGCCCGGACCGAGAGCUGAUUCACCCGUGCACCACGGAGCUCACGGGCUACUUGAAAGGUACAAACUUGAUGUUGUGUCCUUCGACGCUUUGUUUUCUGACGAUGGUUGUAGAAGGUCUGGAUUAUUUUCGUAUUAUGCUACUAUUACCAAUUGUACCUAGAUUGGUGGCUUUUGUACUCCGUGUCCUGCUUCUUGUUUUAUUAAAUGCGGCAAAGAAGUCCCUCACCCGUGAUGGAACUCACACUGUACAAAAUUCCGACCCCACACCCAAUAUCAUUCCAGGCAAGAACCUUCGAGACGAGGGUUUUAAGCAAUCCGCCUACGACUGCGCAAAAACGGUUUACGACUCGGUUGACGAUUUCUGGAUAACGAAAAACAUGACCCACCUCCUGUUGGACCUGGACACAAGCUAUCAAAUAUAAAAAUGUCUAGGUCUGGAAGAGUGCAAGUUUGUCACGCUUGUCUGGCAUGACUCGGGAAUCUGUGUUGCAUAGUCACGAAAAAGCCCUCUUGUUAGCUUCGGAGGAUUUCGAAGGAAUUCGGCAAGCUCAAUUAUGAGCUAGUGAGUAAUCGAGUGGCAACAGGAUCAAAGUCAGAAACUCAGUGGGGGGCUGCGCAUCCCACAACAUUCACCUCAGCAACGCGGAUCAAAUUUUAUUUCUAUCAGUAUAUCGUUCUGCCGCCUCCCCGGGCGGGAUAAAAAUACGGCUUUUCUCAUGAUCACGAGAUCAUUUCUGGUUUCUGUUCCAGAUCAGCUUCAGAUCAAAAUCAGACAUUUUUUUCGCAGACAACAGCACCACAUAACAUACAACUUGAGGAACGUGGCUUCGCCACUGCGAAAAGAUUCAACUCAGCUUCCCUGAAGCUUCAUCUCUUCGGCCUCUGGUCGAUCUGGGAUUCUUUCCAGGAAGUUCUCGUGUUCAGCCUCAGGCCAACUCAACUCCAAUGUAGGAGUUACUCUUUUUCACUUCCCGUUCAGCAAAACGGGCAACGCACGUUUCAUCGUAUUCGCUUUUUUUACAUCGGGGGAGAGAAUCAAGAGCGAGUUUUUCGUUUCUUUCAUCUUUCCAUCUGGAAUCAGUCGCUAAAGUUUUCUUCCAUUUGUUGGCGCAGGGGGAAACCAUUUUCUGACCGCAUGGUCUCAGAGCGAUUCGUGGCUUUUUUUCGAUUCAACGCGCAUCAGCUGCUUCCAGCUUUCGAGAGAAUUGAUCUCUGUUCUCGCGCAAGUUCCUCUUCUGAAAGGUAGUAGCUAGAUCUCCUUCUCACUCGACUCAAUUUGACGAUGCUCAUCAGUAACAUUCAAAAAUGGACGACUGUCGCACCCCCUCUCCGAGAGGACGCGGGUACCAAAUCUACGCCUCUUUUUGCGUAAACGGUUGCAAACGGUGGACAGCGCUCCGAUCGGUUUGCGGCCGUCGGUCAUCGUGCCCACGCCCUGGGUGCGAAUUAAAAGGCUGCUUCCUGUUCCUGGAAGACAGUGAACUCAACAACUUCGUGCAACUCAACGACGCACUUAUUUGUGGUGAGUGCCACCCACCUUCCGACGCCGCUUCACGCGUUGCCUUGGGCAUUUGCUGCUCAUUGGAUAAUUGGAAACCUAGUGGUCACGGAUUGCCCAAGAUUCCCUACCGGUUCAGCAGGAAGGCCAAGUUCGCGACGCAAUGGCCUCCACCCCCCCCGCGCGGGGCAUCAAGCACAGGUUUAUUCACUCAACGCGCAUCAUUUUUUGUUAUUUCGUUUGUUGAUUCUCUUCUUGUACUUGACUUUUAAAUUUCCAAAACGAUCCAUCACAGAUCGGAAGUAAGCAGCUCUUCGAGUUCUUCGGAGAGCCGCUCAAGCAGCUUGAGCGACGUCCUUUUUUCGCCAGUAGUGCGGAAAGCAAAUUGCUGCAGAUGUGAGGAGCUCGAGAACAUCAUCCAUUUUCUCAUCGAAGACUCCUUCAAAGGCUCCAAAACGCCCGACAUUAAGUACCGCUCGGACUGCGCAGGAUGCAUCUGUGCGAGACGACAAGCGCAGUACGCCGCCUGUUAUGCCGCGGAAGUUUCAGCAUGCACUGAAGCGCGGGCGCAAUCAAAGAUCAUCGAGGACGUCAUGGAGAUGUUGGACGAAGCAACUCAGCAAGUCGCGAGAAUAGACGAGGCUUACGACAAAAUCAACCUCUCAAUGACCAUGGUUUCGCGAUUAGCCUACGACCUCGCAGACAGCAACCUGGAGGCUUCUUCUUCCCUCUCCAGAACCUUCUUGAAAAAUCUUGACAACCUCUUCUACUACAACGGCCAGCUCGCCAACGUAGCGCACCGCUUGCGUUACAGCGUAAUCAACAAACGCAAUCAGCUAGUUUUCUACUCCAGGGAAUUCGCCGACGCAAACGUCAACUUCACAAGCAAAAUCAAAAAAAUCAGGGAGCGACUCCGAAACUCGAUCAAAUCGCGGUGGGUUGACUUCCCCCUGGAGCUGGAGAUCAGCAACGAAGACGACCGGAAAGCGGCAAGGCACGCGAAGAUGAUCGUUGCGGUGGCGCGCUACCUUCAUAAGGACAUCAGCAGCCCGCAGGUGGAUCAUGAAAACUACUGGUGGCACCACACAGCGCACGAACCAACACUCUUUGAACAAUCCGGAGAGUGUUAUAGUGUCGGAAAUGAAUUGCUCGGGCUGAGUGAUCCUAGUGAUGAAAAAGAUAAGUAUGCUAUAUUGGAGGGUUACGAUUUUAGAGUGGUUAGAAUGCAUCCUAAUUCUCCGUGCGAGUCGCGGGAGUCCCCGCCUCAGUACCCGCGUGGUGAAAACAUGUGGUGAGUAAGUAUUCAUCAGUGACAUACAUACGAGUAUAAUGGACAGCAUCACAGCACGAGUUUCAGUUCGCAUUUCUUCUUGAGCUCAAGUAUUUUAACCUGUAGCAUCCGGGGCAUAAAGCACUCUGCUAACUUCAGUCACGGUGAGCAGGAUCUGCCUAAAGGCGAAACUCGGAGCCUUACUGCACUCAUGCUGUUCUCUGGUUUUUUUGGUCUGGAGCGCGCACUUACUGCUAGCAGUGCACGUGAUCCACUUCUACGUCUGUUUUUUCUCGCUUCAUGAGGGAUCGUUUUUCUUUCAAGAGCGCAUUGGCUUUCCUUCUUGUUUUUUUUUCAUCUCUUCUCAAAACUUUGCAACAAGAGCGAAUUAGAACUUCAGGAGAGCAUCAGCUUGUUUUUUGCUUCAGCACUGACAGACUUUCUUACAUUUCGGCUUCCAACGUGCGCGAAUUUGUAUUCGCGAAGCGUUCGCUUAGCUUUCCGUAAGACGAGUUUCUCAGCCCAAAUCAGCAGCGCUUUCAGUUUCGGCUCUCAAUAACUCCAGCUCUAUAUCCAAUCGCAGAAAAUUUUUUGUGCACAACGCACUGGGCAUCAAUACGACAUUUCGACUCUCGCACUCUCGGUGAGUUUCACCUAAAGCAUUCAAGAUGGUCGACCUCAUUUGUAAAGUGUGCGACGCGAACAUCACCGCAGAGGCGAAUGUGAAAUUCAAGUGCAAGAACUGCCCGCCAACGGCCGCGUGCAAGGCCAUCAUCUGCAAAUCCUGCUUCGACACCCACGGCGUGUUAGCGUCGAGAGCCUUCGCGGUGUUCAACGUCAACGACGAAUCGAAGAACCUGUGCAACACGUGCGAGCUGCAGGUGCACUCGGGUCGCAUCAAGAAGGUGGAAACGAUGCUCAAAGAAUCGGGCGCCGAUUCCUCGUUAGCCACGGCGAUCCUCACGCAUGAAAGUUGGUUCAGCGACUUCACCAACCUCACGGACAACGAGAAGGCCGAAGGGCUCAAAAACUACAAACGCCGUAUUUGUUUCUCAGGAUGUUGCUGCAAAAUCAUGCAGGUUAAUAGUUAACUUGGCUGCAGUCCGUUUCGCAUCUUUCUCAAAUCAUAAAAUCAGCGGCGUUUCGCGAGAUCGAGGCUUCCAAGCUGGACACGUCCCAGCUUCUGAUCGCGCAUCAGCAGCAGCAGAGCUCCACCACCGGCGGGGCGGCUAAUCCGACCCAGUCUGACAAAUUGUUUUCCGAAAUCAAACGCUCCAAGUACGAUCAUUAUCGGCUGAAAGAUUUACUUCUGCCGCCCAAUGGCAGUCUCAUCAAGGCGGUCCGCUACAACGACAAAGUCGUCGUCUUGUUCGACGGCGAACCGGUGGCGAUCCUAGCUAAGCAUCACAACUCUUUCCUCACGUACCUCUUGGAUCAGCACGUCAACAACUCAUCCAAGAAACAGGUGCACUCGGACCCGCCGAUCAACAUCCAGUACGCGGCCUACUACACCCUCAAGGGCGUGCGUCGGGAAAUCAAGCUGAAGACCCGACUGGCAGCUACACGGCAGGCCUUGUUCACGGCUUACUGGCUGCCACGCUUCACCUACGCUGCGUGCACGAACCUCAGCAGCUCCAGCGUGCUGGCCGCCAUGCUGAACCAUCAGGCGACCAGCGCCUUCAACUUCAACAACAACGCCUUGCCAGCUCAGUUCCCGCAGCCGUCCAACAAGGGAUACGGCAAGUACGGUACGCCGUCCCCGGCCAAGGGCCCGGCCGCGUUACCGGUCAGCAAUCAGCCGACAGCCCCGAGCACCCCGGCUCCGAAGUGGCAGCGCAACGGGGGAUCAGCGUCCGCGGGCAAGCCGGCGGCGACCCCGUCGUACCCGACAACCCCGGGUGGGUCGGCCGCCAUCCAGGACAAGCAGCAGGCCUGGAACGAGAUCCACCGCGUCCUGUCCUCCGCGAAUCAGGACCGGGCUUCCGCCGCAGCCGCCUGGUCGAGUGCCAAGGCCUGCAACCCGGGGGUCGCCCACGAGUACUUCUCCAAGGGGGAGGGUUGCCGCAACUGCUAUUUAAUUGGGCGCGGUACUCACAUCAUUUAGUUUCAUUUUCCGAAAAUUCAAAACAAGAGCGAGUCGACGUUUGCUUGCACUUGUUUUCGAUAUUCAGUUAGGUUUUACUAAUCGGCUUGGUUCCGUCUCGGCCGUUCACGGGCCAAAACUUCACUUUUGCCUUUGCAUCGGGACUCAUUUUUACUCUUUCACAUUAGUUUUUGCGGCUUCGGGCACUCAAAUAUACGAUCUCUGCAAUGGAUUCAGCUCGUAAACGGUUGCAAUCUUUUAUCAUUCGUUCUCAUUUUCUCUUUCAAGGUCUGGCCCGGUUGCACGAUGGGGGCUUCGACAAGUGCCAAGAAGUCAACCCCAACGACUGCGCGGUGCCCUGCACGUGGUGCGGUCAAGGGAGUCACUGGUUGCCCAAGUGCCCCGCGAAGUCGUCGGGCAAACCGUCGAUCCGGCGGGCAGGAAAGUAGUCGGGUAACGUCAGGCGUCAGCGGGUCAUUCACACAUUUGCAGCAAGCAGUCGCUCGCUUGACUUUCUAGCAGAAAUCAUUCUGGCAAUCUCAUUCGCAAGUGGUGUGAUAAUUAUUUUGUUUGAUUUUUCUCUUUUUUCAGUAUGAUUGGUAGUUCCAGUGCGGAUUGUUAUCAAACUCAUUUUCGUGACUUCAUAAUUUCACAUCACUUCAUUUGAGUAGUAUAGGUUCAGAUAUGAUUGGUACUCAGUUAAAUUUGCAUGAGCAAUUAGAGUGGUCAUCCAUCAAAGUAGAAGUAUGUUUCAGAGUUGUUUGCGGUACAGCGUCACAAUUUCGACUCGUUGCCGGUCAUCGGGCAAAAAAGCACUCAUAGUCGUCCGGUUGGUAUACGAAAAGUUUCUUGAUACUCAUCUCAAAAUUUUAAUGUGCAUUACAAUCAUCAAGCAUCAUAGUAGAUAGACGCACCUGAGUAGUAUUAGCACUCAUAUUCAAAAAUCAAAAAUCAGGAAAUUAUUUCAUCUUCCGUUCUUCAUAGAGGUUAGCUCCAUGUUUAAGCCCUCACCUGUAAACUGAGGCACUUGCACCGGGAUUCGCACACUUGUCAUACUCACAUUGUAAAUUCGUUUUCUCGCUCUUAUCCAAAGUGCCUCAAGCUGGUGUUACACGCAGCACAUCUAGAGUUCUCAUCACGAAGCCUCGGUAGGAUCUCGUGGUAGUUAGUCGCUCGAGCAGUUUUCACCAUCUUCGGUCUUUUUUCUCCUGGACGCAAGGUGGACCUCGUGUCGUGGUGGACCUUCUCGUGACAGGGAUUCGUAACUCAGCUUCAUAAGGGUUUUUUCUUUUUUUUUAGGGGGUUUGUCCUUCGACAAGACGGGGAGUUUCUUCCUCAGCGAUUCUCUCUUCUCUUCGCAGCUCGUUUCUCGCCUUUGGGACGUCCACACUCGAGUGGCGUCAGUAGCAUACAGUUCUUCUCAACACCAAACUCAGGCUUUUCAGCUUCAGUUCAGAUCGAAUUUUGUUUGUGUCGGCAGUAUCUUAUAUUCAUAACUCGCCCUUCCCUUUGCUCAGAAGGUAGUAGUUCACGCAAAACCCGAUCAAGAUGAGCACCCAAUUCACUCUCCAGCGCGUCUUUCGGGAAGCGCUUGGAGACGAGAUGGCGUCAGCGAGGGGCGUAGUAAAACGGGAAAAGUCUGAAGACACUGCCAAGUACAACGCCAAAAGAGCUUUCCAGGGGCUGGGGCCGAGCGGGUCAGCCAGGGAACAGGACGAGCUCUUCGAAAUUUUCGACGCAAUUAAUCUCGACCCACAUCAGAACUCGCACGAAGAAGAAAAAGCUGCGGAAGUCAGAAGAGCAGCCGCCAGGGAGCGUGAUAGAAGAGCGCAACUGGCGGCCUCCUCUUCAAGCUCGACGGGCGCCGCGUCUUCUUCAGCUUCAGCUUGGCAAGGAGCCACUAGCUCGGCCGUCCAGCCGGCCACUGCCGCUCAGCUCGGCCCCGGACAGCAGCUAUUAGCAGGCGGCAGCUCCUCCUCAUCUUCGACCGCUCCAAAGUCAUCAGUUGGAGCUACGAUGAAGAAAGCCAAGCCCUACACCUCUCCGUCCCAGCUGGACUUCACCAUCUUUCCAGAGCGCAUCAACAUCUUCGAGUCUUUUCCACUCGAGGCCAACGUGCGGCGCCUGCUAGUGACGAGUGUGAACAAGUACGCCAAGGCUAGCGUCAAAGUGAAAACAAUCAGCGACUACGAGAACUUGCUGAAGAACAUCGUGCCGAAGGUGUGCGCGGUGGUCAAGUUUCAGUGCUGGCCGAUCGACGACUCUGAAGUAGCGGAAAUCUUCUUUCGCACUUUCUCGGAGGUCGCGUCAGUGCAUCAGGGCUGGACAGAGCCAGUAUCUGGGAAAAUUAGAUGGGCGGCUUUCGGCAGAAUCUCCGCUGCCAUCUCCGCUUUCAACAGCUGCAGACCGGAAAUCGAGUUUUCCAUGCAGGACAAGUCUUGUCGCUUCCAGAGAGCAUGGGAGGGAUUCAAGCGGUCGUCCUUUCACCCGAACACCGAGAAUUCCAAGUAUUCGCCGACAGAGCUGCAGGCACAGCAGCUGGCGGAAACAUCACUGGCGAAAUUCAGAGCCAACUGCUUACCAGCGGGGAGGCUUAGGGCGGACACGAUCUGGCCCGCGGAGCUUUUCACCGACAAAGCGAAGCUUUCCUUCGCCAUCGAGUUUCAGGCAGUUGUCAGCAUCAACGUCGGUUUUUACUGCGUCCGAAGGUUUCAGGAACUCAUUGAACUCAACACCUCGUGCGUCUCCAUGCACACCAUCUCCAAGGAGCUUUCGGUCGAACAAUUCAAGUACAUGCGGGUGGACAUCCUGAAAGCAAAAAACGAUGUGCUGGAGAAGGGCGACUUCUGCAUCCUUCCGCCGCGGAUUGCGGACCUGCUCACUCUAUGGAUGCAGUACGCCAACCGGUUCCUGUGGCAUCAUUUCCGACGAAACUACGCCAGGGGCCUCAGUUCCCUCUUCUUCACCAUCGGCACUAACAACAUCAGAUCGCGCGGCUUGCCGCUCAGCAAAGACAACAUGAGAAAACAAAUUCGGUCGGCCUUCCAAAUCCACUUCAGUGUUGACAAACCGAUCUCACUCCGCCGAGCCGGGGCGCGGUAUUUUGCGAGUGUGGACCGGCACACGGCGUGGGCUCAGGGGGGUUGGCGCAACAUGAGGAUGCUGGAUUCCAUCUACGCUCCCAAGCAGCAGGAGCAGUUAGCCCUCGAGGUCCACAACUACUCGAGAGACUCCGCGUUUGAGAAACGCGAGCGCGAAGCCGUGCGGAAGAUGGAAAAGGGCUUUACUGGUCCCAACUGGAAUAGUUUCGAUUGGGACAGAGGCUAUGCGGAUUUCGAUUCUCGUUACAUUUCCACAAGGCAAUUCAGAUUCGAAGCGCCGAAGUUGUCAGACGCAAUUCUUUUGAAGAACUUCAACAGAUUUCCGAAAAAUGAAUAUGCAAAAGUGUACAAAUUCUUCUUCCCGACCAUGGAGGGUCUCAACAUCUAAUCAGUCUCGACAUCGAUUGUACAUUCUCGCGUGUUUUUGUAUCAAGUGUUGGGCUUGAGCUCAGAGCUAAAAAAAUCAGAAGGGACCAGCAAGCUUGGUGCCGCUGGCCGUCGAGAGACAUCUUCGUAGCCUCUUGGUUGUUUGUUCUUAGAUUCCGACGUCAUCGUACUGACGAGUUCGUUUCCUUUUUUCUAGCUUUGCUCCGUGGUAUCGUCCACGUAUGCUUCGCGACAGGAUUGAUUCUUGUAGAGCAGCUUCUUUUGCAAGCAUCAGUAGCAGGUUUUUUUCGGCGUCCGAAAGUCAUGGCUCGCGCCGCAGUUCCUUCUUCAGUCGUAGUAUUUUUUGCCUUUCAGCAAUCGUUCAGGAGGUUUUUUAUGGCAUGGGCCAGCGGUCGUCUCGUUUUCAUAGCACUAGAAAUCAUCUGUCGUGAUUGCCAAGGUUUCUAGUGGGCUCGAAGUAAGUCGUCUCUCGCUCGCUACGACUACAAAUGACAUCAGAUGAGGAUCGCUUUUCAGUUUUUGUUUUUGCCAAGGGGCGGCUACAGGGGUAGUUAAGCUCUCAACUCUUUGGUGACUAAAGAUUUCAGAGGCAGUGUAGGUUCCAAAGCGCUUCUGCUGCAGCAUCACUCAUCUCACAUGCCGGUUGUAUCGCCAGUCCUUCUCUCGGAGCGAACCGAGGAAGAGGAACGGCUCGGCCUCCAGCCUACAGCUGCGCUGUCAAUCCAAGAGUACUUGGACCUCGGAUUGCCCAUCGACGACAGCUCCGCUGCUGAGUUUUUGAGGAAUCAGGAUGGGCCUCAGGACAGUUGGCGGCACGACGAGGAUUCCCUCGCGAUUGCAGGCAACUCCCUUUCCGCACGCCAGUGCGUCCGCUACGGGAUCAAGCCGCAGUUUUUCAGGCAGUUUUUUGGGGGGCUUCGUUUCAACAUCGUCAGCGAGCAGUUUACUCCCUCCCGCAACGACAACUACCCCGGAGCAUCCGUCUUCGAGGAGGCGUUCACGCAGGAGGUGUGCAGAUUCGUGAAGAAUAAAAAAGUCUUGCUUUACGACAACAAGGGGCCCGCUGACCUAACGAUAGCGCCGGGCACCAUCAUCGAACAGCGGGGCAAAAUGCGCCUCAUCACUAACUGGAGCGCGGAAGAGGUGAAAGUCAACCAAUCAAUCUACGCGACGGCGGUCAACUACUCGAAUUGGUGGCAGUUGUUCGAAAGAAUCGAGCCGGGCGCGUACGUCUUCGGCCUCGAUCUUCAGGAUUGUUAUCCCCACUGGUUGAUCCAUCCUUCGUGUCGCCGGUUCUUGGGCCUUUCAAUUCCCCAAACCGACCGGGUCGCAGUGCACUGCUUCUUGCCUUUCGGGCUCAAUUGUGCACCCGGCGACAAUGAUGCAGCGGUGAAGGAACUCAUCCGCAUGGUCCACAGUGCCGGCGUGGAAGCCGACAUUUUGGACUAUGUGGACGAUCUUAGGGGAAUCCUCCAGGCCCCCCAUCGGUGCAACUUCGCCAAGGCCAACGAAGAAUUCAACAAGGUGUUCUUCGGCUUGGCAACUCUCGGCUGCCGUUUGCACACAAAGCCGGGGAAACUGGUGCCGCCGGCCCAGGUUUUUCCCUGGCUCGGUUUUCAGUGCGACACCGUCCGCAUGACGGUGGGCAUCGAGUCGGAGCGGCUCCACGAGUACUCGUCUGCGGUUCUGGAUUUCAUCUCUGAAGUUCUUGAGCAUCCUGAGCACGCUUCAACAGCUCGCAAAACCGCGAAAAUCGUUGGGAAGUUGAACUCCGUGCGGUUUGUCAUUGACGGACCGCUUCGGAAUCUACAAAACAGGCUGAACGAGUCGGGCUGUUAUCUCCUUUGGAGAUCGUCGGCUGCACACAACCCGCGGGUCGACAUCUGCGACCAAAGCCUCGAAGACCUCCACUGGUGGUACUUCGAGCUUCUGAAGGACCCCAAGGCCAAGCUGCAUCACAAUGGGUCGCGCUCCUUCCUGUGGAGGGAAGAAGUGCUCAGCUACGGCGCGAACUUCUUCAGGACUUUAGGGCCUGAGAUGUUCACGUCCAUCAGCGGCGACGCCGCCACAACACGGGGCUGGGGAGGCGCAUGCGGCGCCGUCAAGAUGUUCUUCCCGUUCCCGGACUGGCUUGUGGGUAAAGGCUACGACAUCAACGUACUGGAGUACGCCACCCCGCUGCUCAUGCUCGAGUUCCUCGCGCGGGAGCACCCGCACCUCAUCAGGAACAAAGUCAUUUUGUACUACACCGACAACCCGUCGUGCAAGAAAGGAGUCAAUCGGGGGGCGUACUUCUCCCCGGUUCACUGUGAGAUCACCAGGCGGCUGAAGGCCUUACUGCUCGAGUUUAGGGCGGAGCUGAUCGCAGCCAAGGUGUACGGCACCGAAAACAUCGAGGCCGAUGUUUUAUCGCGCUUCGACGAUAACAUUUUUUCAAUGUACGACCACAAUCCCGACCGGUUUUUGACGAAUCGGGCUUGGCAGCACAUCUGCAAAAUGAUCCCCGGCCUCGAGGUGGAGGCGUUUUCCGGUCUCAACGAUUCCGACCAGGGCAGGAGGCUGCCCUUGUUCUACAACUCCGCGAACCCCCCGUUCUUCGACUUCGGGGCGAUUUGCUCGAGGCGGAGCUGGUGGUUCCCGUCCGACGAUGUUCUCUAUCCCACCUUGCGCUUCCUGCACAAAGCGCUUCACGCUGUUCCGGCCGAGAGGCGUCCCCGCAUCGCUCUGUUCGUGCCGAAGAUGAACAUGAAGUUUGCAAGCCUGUUGUCAAUCUUCGGGCGGGCUGUGAUCAAGUUCAAAAAGGGCAAGGAGCUCUUUCAGUACCCCGGCGUUCCGGGGAGAUUCAAAGCCAAUGACGACUACUGGGUUCUUCUUUCCGUUCCCCUCGAAAUGUGGCCCAAGCCGUGGGCCAACAUCGCAGCGCCCACGGCGCAUCUCGAGAAACUCAUGGACAACGCGGUCUUCAGGAGGUCUGUGGGCGAGAUCAGUCUGGUCAAGCCGACGCCCAUCCAGGAGGCUGAAGCAGGCUGGAUCCUUCACAUUUGCUGCGUCGCAGCAGUGCAGCCCAAAGGGAUCGCUAAAGACAUCUUCGCGCGGUAUCCCAGCGCGAACAGGUACAGCGAGCCGCCUUCCCGGAAGCCUUACGGGGCCUUCGAGGUCAUCGGGAAGGUGGUCAACAUCUACUGCAUGCAGUUCCCCGGGCCAGUUUCGGCACAGUCCGAUGCCGCAGGCGACUCAUACGAUGCCCGGUUGGGCCAUUUUUCGGGCGCCCUGCGCCAGAUCCCGGCGGCAGCGUCCGCCGCGGGCAUCUCCUCCAUUGCGGUCCCGUUGCGCAUCGGGUGCGGGUACAACGGAGGAAAAGUGCAAGACUACGCCAAGGCCCUUGAGCCGUUCUUGGCCGAGUGCAAGUCUAGGGGCAUUCGGGUCGACUUGCACGAUCCGCCCUUGAAGCGUUAAUUUUGAUUUUCUUCGGCAGCGUUUUUGCACCGCCGAACAUCGCACACUCUUUGUUCUAUCUCUCUGUAUAAUCUUUGGCUUCGUCACGCAUUUUUGGACUCGGGCAUACAGUAUCUUUGGAGCCAAUCUUCUCACAUUCAGAUGCAGUUUCCGACUUCAUGUACAAAGCUUGUCAUACAUUAUUUUGCUAUCAUGCCUUUCCACAUACUCAGCCUCAUUUCUUGGGCUUACGUCUGUCUGUCCGCGCCCGCGCGCGCGACCCGAUGUUCGCUUUCACUCUCUGGCUGAGGCUCGUCCACACGGACACCGGGAGGGCCAGUGCAAAAUAUACCUUCGAGAUUUCGCUAGUAAUAAUUGUUAGCUUCGGAGGAUUUCGAAGGAAUUCGGCAAGCUCAAUUAUGAGCUAGUGAGUAAUCGAGUGGCAACAGGAUCAAAGUCAGAAACUCAGUGGGGGGCUGCGCAUCCCACAACAUUCACCUCAGCAACGCGGAUCAAAUUUUAUUUCUAUCAGUAUAUCGUUCUGCCGCCUCCCCGGGCGGGAUAAAAAUACGGCUUUUCUCAUGAUCACGAGAUCAUUUCUGGUUUCUGUUCCAGAUCAGCUUCAGAUCAAAAUCAGACAUUUUUUUCGCAGACCCACCCACCACGCCCUCGAUUACUCAGUUAGUUCAUCAUUUCCUUCGGUGUCCCAGUUGGACGGGCCUCGGCUGCCUUUCAGGUUCCACAUACUCAGCCUCAUUUCUUGGGCUUACGUCUGUCUGUCCGCGCCCGCGCGCGCGACCCGAUGUUCGCUUUCACUCUCUGGCUGAGGCUCGUCCACACGGACACCGGGAGGGCCAGUGCAAAAUAUACCUUCGAGAUUUCGCUAGUAAUAAUUACCUGUCAUGCAAAAAUGCAGUUUGCCAUGCGGAAUACGUAAGACAUGGCAGCCAAAAAAUUUGUCAUGCAUAGCUGCGUAUUGCAGUGCGUCUAAUAUCAUUCAUUUCUAGCAUUACAAGUUUCCAGACCCAGACAUUUUUGCACUUGACACCAGCGUGCACUUUUUCGACAAAAACCUUACCGCCGAGCAGGAAUUUUUCCGACUCGGGCUCAAGUUCGGGAGAAAAUUGAUUUACCACCCCGAGUGCAUGGGUGAGUUUGACUCCAAAGACGCCCUCGAGUGCAGGUGUCCCUCGCUCUACGGUAUAGAUAAACAUUGCAUUUUUUGAGACUCGUCGUGGGGAUUGAUUUGGUCAUCCCCUCGCUUAUUCCCUCAUUAUUGCAGCAUCUACAUCUACUUCUACUUCUUCAUCCGCCGCCACCAGCGUAAUUUAUUAGUUUCCUAUGCAUGAAAAUAAGCAUUCUUCAAUAUUUGUUUUUGUUCAGGUAAGAUCAUUCUCCUGAAGCUGAAACUCCUGGGAAUGUGGGACGAAGCCUACAAACUGUUUGGCGAACUAAAGAACUUCGAGUUUAACGGGAAAUACAAGCAAUUAAAGGCCGGCGAAGCCUUUCCGUGGAAGCACAUCCAGCAGACACCACAAAUGUUCAUGCCAACCCUGGAAGCGAUACCGGUAUGAUAGCAGAUAUUUUUUUCAUGCUCGUUCUGUAUUACUUAUGACGCGCGGCGAGUUUCAACAAUUAUACAGACUUUGACUUCACUCAGUAAUUACGAAGUCGCCAGAACUCCAACUCUAUGACCUCUUUCAGAUCUGGCCCCGCGAGCGCAUGGACGAGAUUCCCAUUUGGAAAGUGCUGGAGGAUAAUUUCGAGACGUUUCUGGAGGAGGCCGAGGCAGCCUACGAAAAAAGCAACGACAAGGAGCUGGUGACUGCCGCCUACCCGUUUCUGUUCCAGUAUGAAAGCCUCAGAAUGGAAAUCCUCAAAGUGGAAAUAAUUUGUGAUGCAUGAAAUGCAAGGCAAAAAAGACUGUAUUGCAGAGGACACAAUGGAGGCCGACUAUUGUCCUGCUAAGGGUGAAGAAUUGGGCUGCUGAUUAGCACGACAGAAGGGCGCCCCUUUGCCUGACUAGCAUGACAGACACGUUUUGAGUGCCCGGGAAAUUUGUCAUGCGCCGACUACAAAUGGUGCUUCAACUGGAGUCGUUUUUUUUGCAUUACAAAUUAUUUCCACUUUGAGGAUUUCCAACCUGAGGCUUUCAUAUCCAGGGCGGCAACUGGGACCAGAUCCUGCUCUUUCACGCCAGAAAUUACACCGAAGCUUGUCAGAAGGUAUAAAUAAGAAUAUACAGAAGAUGGAAUAGCUGCGAAGCGUCGUACAUCAGUUUUACUACAAACACUUGCCGGCUUUUUGAGCUUCUUGGAGUUGUUAUUGGAUUGUUGUUUAUGUGGCAUGAACAUAGUGCUAGUGCCUAUGACUUACGGUAUUAGUAUUACUUAGAACGUCACUGACUCUCACACUCACUGUAGUCUACUAACUGCUUGUACAUCAAGAACGAAACAACCGUCAUGCUUUAUCCACAUUUCUUCGCUCCCCGAUCUUUCUCAGGCCUUCCCGAAGAGCUGCGCAAUCCUGAAGGAGCACUUGCCGAAGCGAGAUCUGCACCACUAUCCCUGGACCAGCAACCAGAAUGAACAGGUGCUCUUCCUCCGGCUGAAAGUGGGCACCGACGUGGAAACGCACUGCGGCCCGGCCAACAACAUUUUGAACAUCCACCUCGGGCUAAAGGGGACGGAGGACGCCACGCUCAUCGUGGGCAACACCACCACGGGGUGGGAACGGGGCAAGGUGAUCGCCUGGGACGGAUCCUUCGACCACCGGGUGCACUGCCUCAACUGCAAGCAGGACCGGAUCAUCAUGAUGGUCCGCUACAUGCACCCCGGGGUCACUCCGGACCACUACCGGGGCUUAUGGAUUGCAAAAGUGUCUGGGUCUGGAAGAAUGCAGGAGUUUGUCAUGCAGAUUUUGCAUGACCUAUGAGGUCUGUGAUGCAUGCCCUAGCAUCAGAGAUUUUGCGAGGGCUUUCUGAUGCUCAUACCGCAUGAGAAAUGUCCUGUCCGCAUAGCACAAAUUACACCUCUUCUGCUGUUCAUGCAAUACAGUUUUUACGUAGAUUCCAAAAGUAGCAUCACAAGUUGUAUCCUUCCAGACCCAGACAUUUUUACAUUUGAUAGGGCUCCCGACAAACCCACUACGAAAAGAUCCCGGAGGAAUGGCUCGCCAAGUGGGACGCCGAAGAUCUGAACGACGAGUUGUAGAUCCUUUUCAGUCGUACAUCAAGUAGUUCCACACGACGUCGACGUGAUGUCAACACCAACAGCAAACAGUCUUAAGUAGAGCAAAAAAGAGCAAGAAGAUUAGACGAGGAUACCUCGUCCUCCAAAAACAUCUUCCAUAAUAUCCAAAUCUUCUAGAGCACAAUAUUAUUUUGAUUUGAGUAAAAAUGCACCAGUUUUUUUUUCAAAGAAAUCUCUGACGCUGUCCUGCUCUGACCGGCUUAUCUUUCUUUCUUUGUUACUUAGUUCUUAUCAAGCCGUGUUACUUGAGCUCGAUGGCAGUAGGAGGUAAUAUCAUUUUUAUAUGGCCACCUUCACAUUGUUCCACUCGGAGCAAGAUACACUGCUUCCACCUCCAAGUCCUACUCACUAUUCCUGCAUGCCUUUUUGAAUUCUCAGCUUACUCGUCUCUCGCGUGAGUAGCUUCGUCAAGUACGAAGACAAAGAAGUGUCUGAGUCUGAGAAGCCUUUUUCCGCGAAGAACUCGAACUGAAAUAUCAGUUUCACCUUCAAGCGGUGAGUCUGUCGUCACCUCGAUCCAAUAGGGUUGAGAAGACGAUAGGAGAAGAAGUGAAGCCCGCUGUUGGUAUCUACUUACACCUAUAGUAACCUUACAACCAUGUGAUCCAAAAAUACUUGACUUCUGAAAAGUCCCUCAGUUCUUAUUUGAGUGCAAUCUCCUGCACGUGUACCUUAGAAAACAAUCUCGAAACCAUACCCGAAAAAUUUCUUGAACUACUUUUUGUGGUUCAUGAUCACCUAUCAGUACAUUUUCAUCGCACCGCCCAACAAGUGCACGACAUUUCUGCUCGAAAGCAGCUGACCCAGUGCUCAAGGUGCCUGCG